CGUCAUCAAGAUGGCGGAGGGUGACCAUGGUAAAGCCGACGCCGAACACCCGGACCAAAACAACGCAGAGCAGGCCGAAAUGAUGGAGGUAGAGCCGGAGGAAGCCGUGCCUGUCGGUCCAGAAGGGAGUGGGGAACUGUCAGAGUUUGUCAUGGCGCACUACAAUCAACAGAGGGAGGAGGGCAGGUUUGAGGGACAUGAGGACAUCAGUGCAGAACGGACACAGAACUUCAUGGAGAGGGCGCUGGCAGAGAGUCAGAGGAUGAGUGCUGAAGCUGCUAAGUCAGACCAGAAGAGACAGGACCUGUACAGGAGGCUGGGGGUACAGGACAUGGUGGACCUAACGCUGGAACACGCUUCGGAGGUCAUGGUCACCGUACAGAACGGAGACAGUCCGUCACGAUAAGCAGGGGGGUCUAAAGGGGUGCUGUAGUUGCACCCCCUUUUUCUUUAGCACUCAGUUCUGCUAAAAGUGGACAAGUGCGCUUGAACACAACAUGAAAUGACAGUUAACUAUCACUCAUCUAACCUGUCAAUAUCACUUUGUAUUACAUCUUGACUGCUCCAGAUACCUGAAAUUGUGAUGCCUCAUAUAUCACAUUACACAUAUCAGUAAAUAUAUCACAUUACACAUACCAGAAAUUUAAACUGCAGUUUCUGGCCUUCUCAUACAAUUGCUAUAAGUAUAAUUGUACUACCGCAUGUUUGUUUCUGACUGGGGAAUGCUAUGAAGUGUGAGUUUGGAGUUGUGAUAUUCGUAAUGUAAGUACCAUUUUUUAACAACUAUCUC